AUGGUCAAAGAACAAAUGGCGCAUUGGACAACCGAUGUAUCCAAAAUCCUUGAUGCAAGGACAGGAGACAUCAGUUGGGGGAAAGAUGAGAUACCGCCACAACUGAUGUUCGACCUUGGAUUGGAAGACGAAUGCAACUUCAACAAGUUGAUCAAGGCCGAAGAUGUUGACAAUGGUACGCUCCAGGGGACCACAGAGACUGACAACAUCGACGCACAGAACUACGUCAACAUGGAGAUUGGCCUAAGACGGGGACAAGAAGGGGAGUUGCAACGUGCAGUUGUACACAGGAGACUCGUUGAUGCAGAAGGAAACCCAAUGGGUGUAGCAAACAACAACCAGUUACUUGACACAAGGCAAUACAAAGUUGAAUACGAAGAUGGAAGCACCGAAGUGCUCGCUGCAAACUUGCUAGCAGAGAACUUAUUAGCACAAGUGGACGAACAUGGACACAGACACUUACUAAUGGAAGAGAUCACGGAACAUCGUUCUGAUGAGAAGGCAGUAAAGAUGAAAGAUGCCUUUUAUCCCCUCGCAAGUGGAGCGCAAUGA